GACCAGAUACAGACUGAUAAUACAAAAUUGAGUGGAAAAGACAGCAUAGCCCCAAUAACUUAUGUCCCAAUGGUUCAAAUGUAGUGACAUACUUUCAUGUAGAGGGAUUGUCCCAACUUCAUUUCUCUCUCCCUCACUUCAAUAUCAUCCACCAAAAUACUCUACCCACACACAUAUUUUUUCCCCACCUUUUUAUUUAAUGAGGAUUCCCCAAGUCAACUUUCUUGAACCUACUAUAAAAUGGCCAACUGCCAUGUAAAAACACAAGCACUAUAACACACACUUGAGCUCAACUAGUACUACUAUAUUUGUUUCUUAAACACAUUAAGUUUUCUUGAUCUAAGAUACUAGGUAGACAUCUAUACAUGGAAGGAGAACACACGGCCUCCGCGCCUUCCACACCUGUGACGCCUGGCGUCCCUCUCUUCGGAGGGUUCAGAAAUGGGAAUGGGAGACGAUCUUCUCUACUUAGCAAUAGCUGCAAAUGCUUCAAUGUUGAAUCUUUGUCCUUGGAGGAGGGGCCCUUGCCCCCUCUCUCUUGCUCAUUGCCUUCACCUCCCAUCACUCUUGCUAGAAAGGUGGGAGCGGAGUUUAUAGGCACACUGAUAAUAAUAUUUGCCGGAGCGGCGGCAGCAAUAGUGAACCAAAGGACUAAAGGGGCGGAGACGCUCCUUGGGAUGGCGGCAUCGUCGGGGCUGGCAGUCAUGAUAGUCAUACUCUCCACGGGACACAUCUCCGGCGCCCAUCUGAAUCCCUCCAUCACCGUUGCCUUCGCCGCUCUCCGCCACUUCCCAUGGAAACAUGUGCCGGUAUACAUAGGUGCACAAGUGAGUGCAUCAAUAUGUGCUUCAUUUAUGCUCAAGUCAAUUUUUGAGCCAAUAAUGGGAGGUGGUGUUACUGUACCUAGUCCUGGAGUCGAAUAUGCUCAGGCAUUUGCAUUGGAGUUCAUCAUCACCUUCAAUCUUAUGUUUGUUGUCACUGCAGUCGCCACUGAUACAAGAGCUGUGGGCGAGCUUGCGGGGAUUGCAGUUGGAGCGACUGUCAUGCUCAAUAUACUCAUAGCCGGUGAAAGUACUGGAGGCUCAAUGAACCCGGUGAGAACUUUAGGGCCAGCGAUUGCUGCAAACAACUAUAGAGCCAUAUGGGUGUACCUUACUGCACCAAUUUUAGGCGCUCUUGCCGGCGCUGGUGUUUACUCUGCUGUUAAGCUUCCCGAUGAAGGCGAUAAAGCACAUGACAAGCCUUUGGGAGAACAUAGUUUCAGGAGAUGAAUUCGGAUGACCUAUUAAUGAGGCAGACAAGACUACACACACAUAUAUAUAUAUAUAUAUACAUAUAAGUUCCAUGUAACAAGCUGGUGAAUGUGGGCUCUCUCUACUUACCAAUGUAUAGAUCGAGCAAUAUAUUUGAAUACUACUUGGCUUAGAAAA